GUGCUAGCCUGUCAAGUCUUGAAUUGACCUUUUGUUAUACCGAAAGAAAGGAAUUAGAAAGAACUCAUUUGAUUUUCUUACAUUAAGACAUUAAGCUACAUUGUCCAUUCUCAAGGAAAAGAAGAAGGAAACCAAAAAAAAAGCAUUUAAAAUUUAUACUCUUCACUCUUGAGAUACUUCCUUAUUUUACCCCCCCACUCUGCUGCUAAAUAAAUAAGUAAAAUGCUACGCGUCGCAAAAAAGGCUAUUUUUAUUCGUAGACCACCAAACUUCUUUAACACUGGAGUACGCGCCUUCUCUACAACAACGACAAAAAAAGAACAAGUCGAAGUAUUUAUUGAUGGAAAGUCUGUAAUGAUUGAACAAGGAUCUGCAUUGAUUCAGGCCUGUGAGAAGGCUGGUGUCGAUAUCCCUCGUUUUUGUUAUCAUGAGCGUUUAUUAGUGGCUGGAAAUUGUCGUAUGUGUCUUGUCGAAGUCGAACGCUCUCCCAAACCAAUUGCAUCUUGUGCAUAUCCCGUUAUGCCUGGCAUGAAAGUAAAAACCAACACUCCUCUUGUUCACAAGGCUCGUGAAGGUGUUAUGGAAUUUCUUUUGUACAACCAUCCUUUGGACUGUCCUGUGUGUGACCAAGGUGGCGAGUGUGAUUUGCAAGACCAAAGCAUGCGGUACGGAAGUGACCGUGGACGGUUUAAUGAACCCACUGGAAAACGCGCAGUAGAGGAUAAAUACUUUGGUCCAUUGAUUAAGACUGAAAUGACACGCUGUAUCCAGUGUACACGCUGUAUCCGUUUUGCGAAUGAGGUUGCAGGGGCUCCUGAGCUUGGUUCCACAGGUAGAGGCAAUGACAUGCAGAUCGGAACCUACAUUGAUAUGACAAUAAGCUCUGAAAUGUCGGGAAAUGUUAUCGACCUAUGCCCUGUUGGUGCACUCACUUCCAAGCCAUACCAAAUGACCUCUAGACCUUGGGAACUGAAGAAGUAUGAAACUAUUGAUGUUUCCGAUGCAAUUGGUUCCAAUAUUCGUAUUGAUACACGUGGGCCUGAAGUGAUGCGCAUACUCCCUCGCCUCAACGAUGGCAUCAAUGAAGAGUGGAUUUCUGAUAAGACCCGGUUCUUCUACGAUGGUCUAAAGGUUCAGCGUCUCAUUACUCCACUUGUGCGUGAGGGUGACCGCUUUGUUCCAUAUACCUGGGAAAAUGCACUUGCCCGUGUGAGCGAAGAACUUACAAAGGCCAAAGGAAACAGCGCAAAGGCAAUUGCUGGUAAUCUUGCUGAUGUGGAGUCCAUGGUUGCAUUGAAGGAUCUCUUCAACCGCCUUGGAUCCGAAAAUUUGACUGUUGAUGCUCCUAAUGGGUCAAAGCCACUGUCAUUGAAUACCGACUUUAGGUCAAACUACAUUUUGAAUUCAACUAUUAGUGGAGUUGAGGAUGCAGACCUUGUUUUGAUUAUUGGAUCUGAUCCUCGUCAUGAAGCACCAAUAUUGAACACUCGUUUUAGAAAAGCGUAUAUACAAAACGAGCAAGACUUUGGUCUUAUUGGAGAAAAGGUAGAUUUGACAUAUGACUAUGUACAUCUUGGCGAGAACGGCAAGGCUAUCGAUUCGCUUUUGGAUGGAUCUCACCCAUUUGCCAAACGUCUUGUUGAAGCCAAAAAGCCGUUGAUUCUGGUUGGAUCUGGUGUAAUCGAAAAAUCCAAGGACAGCGAAUAUGUACUUUCCAAAGUAGCUGAAUUGGCCAACAAGCUUAAGGAUACCAUCUUUCAAGAUGGUUGGAAUGGAUUCAAUGUACUUCAGCAUUGUGCAAGCCGAGUCGGAGCUUACGAAGUUGGCUUUGUCCCCCAUCCAGAUGCUAGUGAAACACCAGUAAAGUUUCUUUAUCUCUUAAAUGCAGAUGAAAUAUCUCCCAAGGAUAUUCCUAAGGAUGCAUUCGUAGUAUACCAAGGACAUCAUGGUGAUGUUGGUGCACAGUAUGCCGAUGUUGUUUUACCUGGUUCCGCAUUCACAGAAAAGAAUUCCACAUACGUUAAUGCUGAUGGUCGCACGCAAAUAACUCGAGCUGCAAUUGAACCUCCUGGGGCUUCCCGUGAAGAUUGGAAGAUCAUUCGUGCUCUUUCAGAAGUUGCAGGACACACUCUUCCAUACGAUGACUUGUCUUCUGUUCGCUCUCGUUUGUCAGAAAUCAGUCCCUUGUUGGUACGUUGUGACACAGUAGAGAAGUCUUCUUUUGCUCCACUUGGCCUGUCAACUCUUCAGAAGACAAAUACUCGCAGCUCCGGUGAGGUUCUGUCAUCUGUGAUUAAGAAUUUCUACCAGACGGAUCCAAUCUCUCGAGCAUCAAGUACAAUGGCUAAGUGUUCAAAGACGUGGGUCCAAGGAAAGCCAGCAAUUGAUGAACUUGACAAAGCUUCUGCCUAAUUGAUUCGUACGCUUUUUAUUUUGUUUUAUUUUGUUUUAAAAUGAAUAAAUAAAUGGAUAGCUAUUUUAUGGCUGUUGCAAUUGAAUUG